AUCGGAACAACAAAAUUUCUAUGUGGACCCUCGCUAACGAAUCAAGCUCGAGUGUGCAGGAGUGGGAUCUGAUCCUGAUAAUCUUGCAAUAUAAAAACUGUAGUACAUAAUAUGUAUAAUAUAUUUGUAAAUAAAAAGAGAGAAGUGCCAACGUCGCUUUUAACUCAGCAAUUGGAACAUUAUGAUUGUAUGUACAUAUUCUUUUUCAAAGUCGCGUUGCGACAACGAAACUGGAUUCAAUUUGUAAUUUGAAGGAAGAUGUUGCAUGGUUUUGUCCAUCAGAACUGAACAAAGUAUUAUUUUUAAAGCAACAAAAGAAAUUGAAAGUAUCGUGAAAGCAAAUUUGCAAAGAUGCGAUACUAAUGUACCACGUUUGGGAGAAUCGGAGAAAUUAAAUGUAAACAAAAACAAUGAGACCAAUGUAGAUAAUUUGCGACAAGCGGAACUGCAGAAACAAGUUUUGUCUGGAGACAUAACUCCGUUUCAAGCAAUCUCGAACCGAUCUGACUCUUUGAAAACUAAAGAGUCAUUUAAAUCUUUUCACCUGCUCGAUCUUGACAAGUACUUGCGGCAACAAGCCGAGCUUGCCAAACAGAGAAAAGAAUUAAAAGGAAAGACAAAAACAUCUAAUAACGUCGAUCGAACGGUUCCCUUAAAAAACUUAAAGCUAUCCAAUGUUAACUCCAAGGAAUGCAAAUUUGGGGAGCAGCUCAAAUCCAAAACUGUUAAGAGAAAAUUAGACUUGAAAGCUACAAAAGCCAAAGAUUUCAAUCAAAGUUAUAAUUGCGCAGAUAGAACGAACGAUGUAAAGGAAAAGAAUUGUACAGAUGAAUUUGUUGCAAAUAUAGAUAAUGCUGACCCUGCGGAUAUAAAAUGUGACUCCGAUAGCGAGUAUGUUCCGAGUGAUGAACAGAUCGAAUCGGAAGACGAAUCGGGACCAUCUCGAAAGAAGAAGAAAACAGCCGCAAAGUCUACCCAGAGAAACAAGGUUUUGGACGACGGAGACGAACAAAUAUACAGGCAAAGGGUUGAAGAAAAUGGACAUGCAAGAUCGGAACCGUUGCACGAGAUAGAUAAUUUAUUUAAAGUUCCACAAUCUAUAUGGAAAAGAUUAUACAAAUAUCAAAGAGUAUCUGUACAAUGGUUAUGGGAACUUCAUUGUCGUGAUCUAGGAGGUUUAUUAGGAGACGAAAUGGGACUGGGAAAAACUGUACAAAUUAUUGCAUUUCUUGCAGGCUUGGAUUGUAGCGAAUUACUUUCCGAUGGUGGAAGAUUUCGAGGAUUAGGACCCAGCAUAAUUGUCUGCCCAGCUACAUUGAUGGAACAAUGGGUAAAGCAUUUUCAUGAAUGGUGGCCUAUUUUGAGGGUAGUUGUUUUACACCAAUCUGGAACGUACAACGGUGACUUGGGAUAUCUAAUACAUUCCUUGAAAUCCGGUGGCAUUUUGAUUACCUCUUAUUCCGGAAUACUCAACCAUAAAGAUUUACUUGCAGCUAAUCAAUGGCACUAUUUGAUUCUCGACGAAGGGCACAAAAUAAGAAAUCCACAGGCAAAAGUCAGUAAAGCGGUAAAAGAAUUCUCUACUCCGCAUCGUCUGUUACUAACUGGCAGUCCAAUGCAGAACUCUCUGAAAGAAUUGUGGUCCCUUUUUGACUUCAUUUUACCAGGCAAGUUAGGUACUUUACCCGCAUUUGUAGAACACUGCGUCAGCCCGAUAACACGAGGAGGAUACGUAAACGCUAGUCCUCUUCAAGAGGCUACCGCGCUUCAAAUUGCUACGAUGCUCAAAGAUGCAAUUACACCAUAUAUGCUUAGAAGAACAAAAAACGAUGUUCAACAUCAUGUGACAUUACCAGAAAAAAAUGAGCAGGUAUUAUUCUGCAGUCUAACGGAGGAACAGAAGAAAUUGUACAAAAGUUACUUAAGCUCCGAGGAUGUCUCCUUUAUUUUACAUGAAAAAAAUCACGCGGAGGGCGGUAGAUACAAAGCUCGAUUACUAAUAGCGUUGUCAGCGCUCAGAAAAAUAUGUAAUCACCCUGAUUUGUUCUUAUUUUCGAGCCCGAUCGAAUCCGAUGAAGAGGUUGACUCAUCGGAGGAAUCGUUGAGGAAAUUCGGCUGUUGGAGACGUUCUGGAAAAAUGACUGUGGUUCGAUCGCUUCUUAAAAUUUGGAAAAAACAGAAUCACAGAGUACUACUGUUCACCCAAGGAAGACAAAUGAUGCACGUAUUAGAGUCUUUGGUACAAAACGACGAAUAUAAAUAUUUGAGAAUGGAUGGAACUACUCCCAUGUCGCAGCGGCAAGAAACAAUCAGUUUAUUUAACAAUGAUUCAUCGUACUUUAUAUUUUUAUUAACUACUCGUGUUGGAGGAUUAGGCGUGAAUUUAACUGGUGCGGAUCGAGUUAUUAUUUACGAUCCUGACUGGAAUCCAGCAACAGAUGCUCAAGCAAGAGAACGCGCUUGGAGAAUAGGACAAAAUAAAAGAGUCACUAUCUACAGACUUAUUACAGCCGGUACUAUAGAGGAAAAGAUAUACCACCGACAAAUAUACAAGCUACUUCUUUCCAAUAAAGUUUUGGAAGACCCUCGUCAACGAAGACUAUUUAAAACUUCCGACUUGGUCGAGCUCUUUAAUUUGAACGAGUCCAUUGACGGACAUUCGAGCGAAUCCGAUCAGUUGUUUCGAGAAUCGAAAUUAACACCAACAAUCGCUAAAUUUUCAACAAGUAAGAUUGAAAAAAUGCGAAAAUUGGCAGCUACCCUUAGUAAAAGUAUAACACAAAAAACCAUUAAUUCUGUAUCUAUAACGCGUAGCAUCGCUGCAUCAGAGAACAAUUGUGUUCAAAGUAAUAAUAAUAAUGACAAUGACCAAGUUGAUUUGACAAAUGAUAAUCGCUUACUUAAUGAUAGUGCAAUAGUAAAGAAUAUUGUAACUGGAAGUCAAUUUCAUGAACAAAAAGAUGAAAUUAAUACUAUAGGUAUUAACGAAGACACUGUAUCGACAACGAACGAUACAACAGAUUGUAAUGCCAACAAACGAAAUCAAAUAAACCGUAUAGAUCCUGAUACUCGAUCAGUCUUGGUAGAAAGUGAAACAACUGUGCCAAGUUCUUCAGCCAAUGAUACCAAUACAGUUAAAGCUUCGGUAACAUCCGAUAAACAAAACAAGACGAUUUCUUUGAAAAAUAGCGGAGAUACGAAAUUAAAAACAAGUAGAUCUCAUCGUAAACACAAUCGCAAGAAUAAAAGUUUUUCAACAAAAGACAGUGAGGUAUCUGCCAUGUUUGAAGGAGAACGUGUCUCACACUUGAUCGGCCGUCGCCUUGGACGGUCCGAUGACAAUAAAAUUAAAUCGUCCCAAGAUGACCAGUAUGUGCUGGAAAAAUUGUUCGCUAAAGCAAAUGUUACAUCUGCUUUUCAACAUGAAUCAGUUCUGUCGAAUUCAGUGUACAAUACGAGUAACAAUCCAAUUCAACGUUUAGCUCGAGAAACUGCUCAAGAGAGUAUGGAUAAUAUACGCAAAUCUCGGAAAUGGUGUUCGAGACCCACGUGGGAUUCUUCACUCUCAAUCGAUGACUGAUUAUUUGUUACCGCAUAUAAGUCAUAUGUAGUAUAGUUAGCAUUUCAAUUCUAAUGGAAUUUUUCGCCAAAGGUCGAGUCUCUUUUUUUUUAUUUUUUUUACUUAUUUUAUAAUCUUCAAUUUACCGAUCAGUACAAGUAACUAAAUAAGAAAACAUUUUGUUUUAUAAGUAUUCCAUGUAUGAUUAUAAUCAAAAUUAAUAUAAGGUAUUUAGAUUUUAUGAUAUAUGUAUAUUUUUCCUUUUUUUUGUAAUUCGAAAAACAAUAUAACUACAUGGAAAGUAAUUAUUUAAGCACAGAACUAUUUUUCUACGUUUGAUACUUACCAGUCACUUCAAUGAUUCAGUAGAGGUAACUUUCAGUAAUGGUAUUUUAUUUAAAAUAGUUUUCUUUAGGCGAGAUAGCGUAAAUAUCUCGGAUACAGUUAGCUUGAACAAUAAAUAAGAAUACAAUGAAAAAGUAGUAAUAUAUAAAUAAAUUGAUAAUGAAAAUAAA